AUGGAGAAUCGGAGUGUGUCUGAAUUCAUCUUGGUGGGCUUUUCCAUUAGUCGUCAAACCGAGAUUGUUCUUGCUGUUGUCUUUCUGGCUAUGUACAUGACAUCAGUUCUGGGUAACGUGGUCAUUCUCUUUCUUGUGGUGGGCGACAGCCGGCUCCACACACCCAUGUACUUCUUUCUCGGAAACUUCUCUGUGCUAGACAUCCUCUUCACCUCAGCCAUCAGCCCGCAGCUGCUAUGGAACCUCUUUUCUAAUGACAAGUCCAUCUCUUUUGCUGGAUGCAUGACCCAGUCCUAUUUUUACUUUUUCCUGGGCACGGUGGAAUUACUUUUAAUGACGUCUAUGUCCUACGACCGCUAUGCUGCCAUAUGCAAACCUCUGCAGUAUCAUGCCAUUAUGAAUGGACAGGUGUGUGCCCAGAUGGUGUUGGGGAGCUGGCUGGCUGGGUUCCUCUCAGUCCUCUUUCCCACCAUCAUGAUUACCAAGUUGUCCUUCUGCAAGUCCAAUGUCAUCGACCACUUCUUUUGUGACAGUGGUCCCCUGUUGAGUCUGUCCUGCACUGAUAUCCGAUUCAUAGAGCUGAUGGACUUUCUGUUGUCAUCUCUCAUCAUUGUCUUCUCAUUGAUCUUGACGCUGGUUUCCUAUAUUUACAUCAUCUCAGCAAUCACGCGCAUCGCCACCACCACAGGUCGGGCAAAGGCCUUCAAUAUGUGUGCCACACAUUUGACCAUCGUCACUAUUUCCUGCAGCAUCAGCAUCUUCCUCUAUGUCACACCCUCCCAAAAAGAGACCUUAGAAGUCCACAAAGUGCCUGCUGUUCUCACCACAAUAGUCUGUCCACUUCUGAACCCUUUCAUCUUCACACUGAAAAAUGACACCGUGAAGCAAGCCAUGAAGGAUGCAGUGAGACACAGCAGGGAGUUGAUUGUCCACAAAGCUUUCAGUUUCUGGAGAAAGAAGAGCUCUUUUUAG